UUUAACAUCAAGUUAUUAUGUGAAAUGAUGAAAUGAUUGGACGGUUUCCUGAGUAUUUUCUCUUUCUACAACUAGACAAAUAGGUCUAUUCCAUACUGGUAGAUUGAUGAAUACUGAAACUCAUUUCUAUUACAUGUAUGUGUACAUGCAACUAGUAUAGUGUUUUUUCUUGAUAGGUCCAAAUAAAAGCAGUCCUUUGGAGAUGCCUAAAACACCAAAAACAGGCUUUAAAGUUCCAAGAAAAAGCAGCCACAAUGUAAUUAAUGUGGCUACUUCUCAUAAUCCAUGUAUAUUAGAUGAAUUGGACACCUCACCAGCUUUACCACGUUUGGGUGACACACAGCAGAGAACUAAGAAAACUAACAAAACCAACACAAAAAACAAGGCAAGUUGGACAUGCAAAAGCUGCCCAACAUAUGACACUGUUCAUGUUACGCAAAAGUUACCAGAAGAUUCAUACCAACAUUCUCCUCAGGAGGCUAAAACUGCACCAGAUCUGGAGGCAAGUAGCAUUAGGGAUGAGCUGGUGGAUCCCACUGUCGUUGUUUCACACAAAGAGAAUAUUCUUAAGUCGACUUUAAUUACUUCAGCUGUGGGCUUAGAUUGUGCCACAGCCAAAGCAGAUAAGAAGACAUCCUCACAAAAAAAUAAUUUGAAUCCAGAUAUGUACACAUUCAAACUUUCUCCAGAGGCCAAGAAAAGAUGUGAAAUUAUGUCAAGCACAACACGGAAGAGUAGAAUUGCCUUGCAAAAACAGAUUAAGGCAAGGCAAAAUGUAUUAAACUGCAUAAGUAGAAUGUCAGAAGAGAUUCAUAGCCUCAGAGAAAAACAAGUAAAGAUAUCACAAAGUGGAAAAGAAGAAAAAAUGGGUACAGACAUAAGAACAAGGAAGCUGGACACAAGUAGGACACGAAACAGAUUAACUAGUAUUCUCCAUCAAAGUGCCAAGGGUAAGGGUGCACCAAAGAGAAGUUUGCAUCGCAAACAGCAUGUAUAUGUAUGAAGACUGUGAGAAGCAAGAGGAUAACAAAUAAUUUCAAUAUCAAAUAUUGUUCUUGAAUUGAUGCCUGAAUUGGACUGUGAUAAAUAAGAAACAGAUUUACUUAAAUUGCUUAAAUUUAUGUUUUGAGUUCUUACAUAAUUUAGAGAGAGCACUGCAACUAGCUGUAACACAGCAAACAUUUGCCUGAUUAAGACAUUUUAUUGAUAAGCUAAAAUUUAUGUCAAGUCUACAAAGCAUAUAGUUAUAUAAAUUAAUUUUAAUAAUUUGGUCAAUUUUUAAAAGUACAAUUAAUCACAAGUUAAUUGUUUUUCAUGAAAUUAAUGUUUAUUAUGAUGUUAGGUUUUUGUAGGAGUAUCCUAUAGAUUGCAGAUAUUUUUGUUGUCAUGGGAACUGUUGAUUUACCAGCUAGAUGUGUAAAUGUUUAGAGUACUAUAGGCUUUCGUGCUUAGAGGAUUGUAUAUGGGAAUUUGAUGUAAGAAAGAUUGUUUUUCUUGGUGUUGUAAACGAUGUUUUAGCAUUUGCCAACCAUCACUCUUUAUGUGUUUACAUAAGUAAAGGACCCACUUUUUCCAAACACGUCAGUCCUUGGCGCAGGAAGCAGGGGGCUAAUGGGUAUUUAAGUCAUUCUACUGUUUCAGGCAAAUAAGUACACAUCUAAGUCAUUUCACUAUGUUAUCGCUAAACCAGGCAAUAUACAAUGGGCACAUAUUUUUGUCAUUAUCUUCCCCCCUCCAUCUCUAAUUAUUAUUUUCUUUCAAAAUGGUUAACCCCCCCCCCAAAAAAAAAAAAAAAAAAUCUGCUUCCUACGCGCCUGCCUUGAAUUUGAGUAUUUAAGGACAUGGAAAUCUCAACAUUCCCUGUGGUAGAGACAGCCUCAUUUCACUUUGUGCGUUUUCUUUUCCAUUUUAAAAUUAUAUUUGAACAGGUUAGAUUUUUUAUUUAUUUUUUUCUACUUUAAAAACGAUGUGGCGUGAGUUAGAUUUGAAUAACAAAACACAAAUUGUUACUGUUAGUG